GAAUUGUGAUGAGGUAAAUUGUUUGUUUAUAAGUAAGAGUUUGGUAAAAGGAAAGCAACCAAACUAUCACUGAACAAAAAUGUCGACGAUCACCGUUCCGGCACAUGCUCCUUCCGUCACCGACGACGUUGAGCAGCUCCGUAAAGCCUUUUCAGGAUGGGGAACAAAUGAGGGUUUGCUCAUUUCAAUUUUAACUCACCGUAAUGCUGAACAACGGAAACAAAUUCGAGAAAUUUAUACUUCAACAUACAAUGAAGAUCUCCUUAAAUCGCUCGACAAGGAACUCUCGAAUGACUUUGAGAGGCUGGUCCAUCUUUGGACACUUGAUCCAGCUGGACGUGAUGCAUAUUUGGCCAACGAAGCUACAAAAAGAUGGACUAGAAGUAAUCAGGUUCUUAUGGAGAUAGCUUGUACCAGAUCUUCGCAUGAUCUGCUUCUGGCAAAGCAAGCUUAUCAUGCUUGCUAUAAGAAAUCCAUGGAAGAGGAUGUUGCCUAUCACACAACCGGAGACUUUCGAAAGCUGUUGUUGCUUCUAGUGAGCAGCUACCGUUAUGAGGGAAGUGAAGUGAACAUGACACUUGCAAAAACCGAAGCCAAGUUGCUCCACGAGAAGAUCUGCGACAAAUGUUACAACGACGAUGAUGUCAUCAGAAUCCUUGCCACAAGGAGCAAAGUACAGAUCAAUGCAACACUGAACCAAUACAAAAAUCUGUUUGGAAACGACAUCGACAAGGAUUUAGAAGGUGAUUCGGAGGACGAAUUCCUUGCAUUACUAAGAGCAACCAUAGAGUGUUUGACGUACUCUGAGAAGUACUUUGAGAAGGUACUAAGGCUAGCGAUCAACAAGCAAGGAACAGAUGAAGGUGCAUUGACACGGGUUGUUGCUACUCGAGCUGAAGUUGACUUGAAAAUCAUAAAAGAGGAAUACGAAAGGAGGAACAGUGUGCCUUUGGAUCGUGCCAUUGCCAAGGACACUAGAGGAGAUUAUGAAGACAUGCUCCUCUCUCUCCUCGGCUGCACUGAUGCUUAGAACUGCGAUUCUGAAAACAGCCACUGGCCAUCGCUACGUGUUUUAUUUGAGAUCGUGUUCUCGUUUGUGAGAUAAUGCGGAUAUGUUCCGUAUGUGCUUUUCCUGUUGUGUUAAUAAACUCGGCCAUUUUCUUCCUAUAUCGGGGAUUAUGUAUGCCCAUAAGUUAUAUAUGAGUGUUUGUUUUGAACU